GGGACGGACAUGAGCUAGAUCAGGUUUAUGCACUUUAAUAUGACCGUAAACAACAUGGUCUUGUUAUGUAUCGCAGCUGUGUGAACGAUAUGAUGCGGAUCCAUAAAUGAUGUCCGAAGCUGCUCUUGAAGAAGUUUCUGUUUUAUCGUCCAUUUACUGCGGAGCAGGAGAGUUCCAGCUCAUCCAGCAGUCCGCUCAGGAUGGGCUUGUGGUCCAAAUCAACUGUGCUGGAGUAGGAGAUAGAGGGCUGGAUGUGAGACUGGUGUUCCACCUACACCCUGACUACCCUUCAUCCCCCCCACACAUCUCUAUCUCCUCUACGGGUCUGUCCAGGGCUCAGUGUCACAGCAUCAGACAGAAGCUGCUGGAUCGGGCUGCAGCCCUGGCCCCAGAACCAAUGGUUCACCAGCUGGUAGAGUGCUCACAGCAGCUGUGUGUGGAGGUGACAGAGGACUGUAGAGGAGGUGAGGAGGCAGUGGAAGAGACAGAAAAAGGUGAGGAGUGGACUGCAGUGCUGUUGCUGGAUCACAUUCGAUCUCAAAAUCGUUACAUUGGACUGCUGGAGCGCUGGAGCCACCAGCUGCAGCUGUCUGGGACGUUACUACUGGGACAAAGCAUACUGGUUAUUCUGCAAGGAUUCAAACCUGACAUCAAGGAAUUUUGUCGCCGGUUGAAGACGGUGAAGGUGGACGUCGAUUCUUCAGGCAAGAAAUGCAAAGAGAGGAUGAUGAAGAUUCUCAUUGAAAGCCCUUGGUGUGUCUCUCGUCAUCAUUGUCUCCAGGGUUUUGUAGUGAAGAACUACCAGUCACUCUCAGAGCUGCCUGCAGCCUUUCAGGAACUCCACAUGACUGAGCUUUACCAGCAGAUACUGCCAUCAUUAAGCGACUGACAGAGGACACAUACAAAGAAAGCGCUGGCUGCCACAAUUGUGAACAAAUGUAAAUGCUACAAGCCUCCCCCAAUACCCAACUACAAACACUACCUGCGGCUUCGGAACCAAAGGAGCUGAUGGUCAGAAAAACAUGGUUUCAUGAUAACUGAUAUUUAUUGUGACUCUUGAUUGUCUUUGAUAAUGGAUUUACUCACCAGACAUUUCUGUUAUUCGUUCUUAUUGUAUGUAUUGUACCAGUAAAGUUCAUGAGAGUUGGUACGAUUGAUACCCUUUCAUAAAAAUCAAGAAACAACAUUUAGAAGUCCAGUCUGAAAAUGCGUUUAUCUACCAAAGUGUGAUAAUUAGCAUUUUUUUUCUACCUGCUUUAUUCUUCGAAGUUCAAGCUUAAGAGAGCUUACAUUAAUAAGGAAGUAAAACCAUUUACAUAAAUGGAUAUGUUUUUCUAUUUUUCUUAUUUUUAUUGUGUAUUAGUUGCCAUAAGUAUUGAUGUUAUCAGAAAUAUUUAUGAUUUUAAAAUAUGUUUUCAGGAUAAGUUAAAGGUGGCCUGCAGCAGGUUUAAGUUAUAGUUCACUUCAAUUUUACUUAUAGUAUAUAGCGCCAGCUUGAAACAUAAUGUAUCUCAGGGCAUUAAAUGUUAAUGUCAAGAUCCUAUAAUGUUCUGAACAAAGCCCAACAAUUUCCCCUGAGCUUCACUUAGUGACAGUAUGAAGGAAAGCUUUUUUAACAGACGAACACUUUUAACAGACCCAGACUCAGGGAGGCCAGCCGCCUGCCUUGACAAGCUGAGAGCAGAGAGAGAGAGAGAUAGUUAAAUCUCAAAAACUCCUCCACAGGAGUUUAGCUGGUUUUUACAGGACUGGUUCAGACUAAAUCGCAGGUGCAGUGUAAACUGCAGCUUCUGACUGCACCUCAGUAGAGGUAUAAACGUUAGAUCAAUUUUUACCCAGACAAUACAGGUUUAAAGCUGUUUGAAACUUUAAACCAUGGCAAAGCCUCAAAAUCAGAUAUUUAGAGCGGGAUGUUUAAAUCCUGGACACUGCCACCAUCUGUAUUGUAUUCUCUAUUUUGUCCCUGGUAUUUUCGUUUUUUCUACUUAAUGCAAUGUAAUGUCAUUCUGAUGUGCACUGUACCGUGUAAAUCUGCAAUGACAAAUACAAGUCUACAAGUCUAGUGGUAGUAUCUUAAAUAACACUGGACAAAACGAACUGAGUCAGUUUUUGUGAGGAUGCUUCAGUUUAAUACAAAUAGAAAACAUGUGUCAUCUUUAAGAAAUUUUGAUUUUUGUGUGAUUUUUGGCUUGUCCCAGCAGCUGGAACAGUAAGGAGGUACAGUUUGUUACUGUUCCAUUAAAACUGCAGUUGGCAGAAUCUAGAAAAGGCAAUGGACAAACAAACAAACAAAAAAUGUCUGACUUUUGAAAAUACAGCCCCACUCCUGCAGCUCCCUCCUGUCUGCCCUAAACCCUUCUCAACAGACAAGCACAGGUACAUGAACCCACCUUAAAAACACUACAAAUAGUCAAGCCAGAAGUUGUUUUAUCUUGGUCUUUCUGGUCUGAAAAGACCUGUGAUUGGCCAAAAGCCUGAAAAUGAGUUGAGGUGUUUUUCUGAGAGAAACAUCAUGAUGAUAAAGAAUUGCAACAGCUAAGCCUAAAGCUAACAAAAACAUGGACUUGUUUUUCAUCAUCACUCUGGGACAUGUUUCUAUUUUUUUUGCUGCAGUAAAGAAAAUGCUACCCAAACUCAGACAAAUGAAUGCGGCAGUCAGCUCUAUACAGUUAGCACUCUCAAUGUACAAUGCAAUAUGGCUGCACUCCAAACAGCAACUGCCUGCACUUCUAUCAUAAUCAAUUAUGUCAACAUGCAGUAUAUCUCCAGUGCAAUGUUGGAACCAUUUCCCACACCAUUCUUCAAUCAAGCUGAUGCUUACAUAUAAAUGAUCGUAAUCUGGCAAAGGUUGUUUACCAUUGCACAUUCACAGAGAGGAACAAAAAAAAAACUAACUUCAUUUGUCCUCCAGUCAUAGGUCAAGUGUGUACCAGUACUUGUGCUUCUCCUAGAAUAUCAGUGAUCUCAUCAAGAUGAACUGGGAAAAAAACACACUACUAUUUUAUUUUUCCAACAAUCUGCUGUUUUACAUGUGCUCAUAUACAACACAGCAGAGUAUCAUUUGACACUGAUGUCAUUGCUAAUUGUUCUGGUAUUUCUCACACAUAACUGAGUUGUGUGUAAUGAGCAAUAAUAAAAGAAGCUUUGUCAUUCACUGCAAA